UGUAUGGUUCGAACUCUCCCGCCAGUGGCCGGGGCCCCGUCAGUGUCUCUCGCGUUCUCGCACGGGGAACAUCUUCCGCUUGCUCGCGUCACGGCUCGCUCGCGUCGCCUCCUUGUCUUUCUCGAUUUCCACGGUGUUGCGUGUCGCGUCGCGGGACGCGUCGCAGGGAUAGCACAACCGCGAUUCGUCAGUGCGAGGACAGUGAGAGAGAAAGAGAGAGAGAAAGAGAGAGAGAACAAGGGUUCGUUAUCGAGGAGGAUCGGCUGAAAAUCCGACUAGAUGAGACUGUUCAGCGGCUAGAUCCAAAUCUACUCCUCUUCCUCCCUUCUCCCUCCCUUCUAACCCUCCUCUUCUCCUUCUUUUUUCACUCCGUCUCGGCCCCCCGUGGUCCGCAGUGUUCAGACCGGGAUUUUUGAGUAUCACCGGACAUGGAGUCUGGAUUCUGGAGACUGGCACUGUGCUGGAUAUGUAUCCUCGGCGCGGCGCGCGCGAAAGUCCAGAGCAAAGUGAGAUGCUCCGAGCAGUGGAUGGAGGUUGACAUCGUGAGGAGCAGCCCGCGGGCGAGUAUAUACCUGCAGCAGCUAAAGGACUUCCCAGACGAGGCCUGCAAGCCCCAGCUGAGCAACGGCGUCGCCACCUUCCGGCUAUCGCUGCUGGAGGAGGACAUACAGCGGUGCGGCAUCACGAAAGUCGUUAACAAAUUCUCGGGUCAGAAGGUGUACUUCCAUCGGAUAAUAGUGGAGGAGCCCGCUGACACCAGCAAGCACACGUUCACCGUCAAGUGCGUGAUCACCGAGGUCCUCUUGAAGCCUGGAUUACCGAUCGCCUCCAAUCACACCACGGUUCGGCGCAGCGUCUUUCCGGCCGGCUUUCAAGAACCCGACAUGGUCGAGAUCAGGGACGAGAUCUCUGAGUCAGCUCCUAUGCCGAUCUUAGGGGUCGGUGUCAGACAGGGCGGCACCUUGGUCACCGGCGAAUUGAACGUCAGCCCAGGAACACCUCUGCAAAUGGAGAUCUUCCUAGACAAUCAUUCGGCGCCGAUUUACGGACUGUUGGUCAGCUACAUGCUGGUCACCGACACCAAGUCGCAGGAGGAGACGAUCAUUAUUAACGGUUGCUCCGUGGAUCCGUACCUCUUCGAGAACUUCAACACCGUGGACGGUGACUUCUUGACGGCGAAAUUCCGGGCUUUCAAGUUCCCGGAAAGUACUUACGUGCAGUUCCGCGGAACAGUGAACGUCUGUUUGGACAAGUGCCAAGGGAUCGAGUGCAUCAAUGGGCAAGUAGGUUUCGGUAGGAAGAGAAGGGCCAUAGAAGCCUCGAACAACGACAAGAACAAGAUCUUCGAGGUGACCAUGUCCACGUUCAUCAAGGUGGACUUCGAGGAAGACGCCAUUGUCGACAAAGCUCUGUCGGAAAUGUACAUCAGAAAAGGGAAGAACCGGACGAAAGCCAGAGCCGUGAUCGCGGAAGAAGUCAGAGAUCAGGCUGUCCCGACGACGAUCAGAACAGAGGAGAGAGCUUUCAUUGCGCAACAAAGGAGUGAACAAUUUAAAUACAAUGUUACUGAGACGGAGACGAGCGGCUCCUCGUGUAGAACGAUAGCUAUUGGCUUCGCUGUUGCCCUCCUCUGUCUCUGCAAGAUGUUGUAGGAUUCAAGGAGGAACCGACUUACUUCAGGAACGACGAACGAUCGCUGAUUGUAAAUAGAAGGCAGCUAGUGAACCAGCCGGGUUCGAGCGAAUCGUCGAGGAGAAACGGACCGAGUUUGGAGCCGGACGUUAGUAUAAUUCUUUUCCUUCAUACGUAGAAGCAACGGUGACCUGCGAACGCGAUUCCGCAACGAUUCAAGAAAUCCGAUCGACUCCUUGUAGGAGUUACUGUAACGACGAACGAUCGCGAUCCGUUUGAUACUGGGUUAAAAAGAAAACGUGCUCAAGGUACUUCUCCGCUCUGCGACCGUCGAAUUUCCGUUCAUAUCCGUCCCCCGUGCCCAAUCGUUGUCUUUCCUCUUUAUGAUCUUAGUUGUACGUUCGUGAAUCGUUUAAUAAAUAACAACCGGCGUGUCUGCACGCCGAAAGAAAAUCGGCCUUUGCGAGCGGAGAAUGCCGAAGACCUAGUCGCGCGGCCAGCUGUAACAUCGUGGUACGACUUCAAGCAAAUAUAGAGAAUCACAGAGGUAAUUAAUCGCUGCUACAAUAUCCGAGCGUAACUAUAACGGAACGCCGCUAGUGUAAAAUAGCUAUUAAUAAAGAGGGGGCCGACGCGUCGAUACGCGUAGAUUCCCGCUCCUUGUCGUUCCUCUCUCCCGUGCAAGAGCGUGUAUCCUUGCUUCGCAGUUGCGGCGAGUGACGGGGAACAAAGAAGAAGGCUAAUGAAAACGCGCAUUGAAAUAUACAAAAAAAAACCAUACGCAUAUACUUGGAUUGUUUAACACUCAUGUAUACAUGACGACUCCGUAUAAAAAAAAAUAUAU